AUGGAGUCGAAAUUCAACAAGAACGUCAGGGUCUCGGUCAUCAAGGCAGCACUCAUGCGAGCCAUGCCACCGGAAGAAAGCAAGAUAGUUGUCAGACUGGACAUCGUCAAGAACGGCACCACCACCGUCGUUGUGGCCAUACUCGCGGCGGCCAUGAUCACGAGCGAAGAAAGCGCCGCGGACACCAUCUGCCCCAGCACGCAACUGAACAUCAUGAUCGUCAGUACACCGAACGAAGACAACGCGGCAAGUAACGUGCGCCGUACUGUCAAGGGCGACAAGCCGAGUACUAAAGAAGAUUCAAGCACUAAUGUAUUCACUGAAGAAUUGGUACAAGGGAACAUAUCCGAAUGGAAGGUCAAGCGCGCAUGUCGUAAAGCGAGCCUCAGGAUACUGUACUUUGUGCACACGGCGCCCAACAACACCGAGAAACGUCGCUGGCUUCGCAAGACCAUAGGUGAUCCAAAAAUUGUGUCGGUUAUGAAUUCAGCCAUCGUUUUCUUUGUUGGAGAGACAUCUCAGCGGGCGGAGCAAGAUGCAGUGUUAGACGAAGCAAUUCAUGAGGGAGACGUUGUGGUGCUGAACUUCACGGACACCUACAAGAACCUCACACACAAGUUCCUCCUUGGUGCAAAGUGGGUAUCCGACAACUGCCGUCUCGACCCUGCAGUGACGAUCGUGAAACUGGACGACGAUGUCUUAGUAAACGUGUUCGCCUUGCUGUCGUACCUGAAGAGCGGUGUGAUGGCACUGACCGGAUUUCAUUGUAAAGUUGUGAGAGGUGCUGUGCCUUUUAGGACACAAAAAUCUAAGUGGCUGGUCAACUAG